GUAUAAGUAGACCGGGAUGCCGCAGCUGCCGCGCUCCUCUUCUGAUGUAGCAGCUGGCUGCGUUGCCUUCUGAACUGCAUACCGUAGCUGGGGGUCAAAGGAGAGUCAUCAGCAAUAAGACCCGCUAUAGGCUGGUACGGGGAGAGUAUAAGAGGGACACCUUGCAACUCGGUACUUCAAAACUCUUGAGAGCUCGGUUGAUCUUCAGCUCGGACGAACUUCCACGUUAGUCCACUCCUUCCCCACUUGCACUCCCCGCCUCUUCCAGCCCCCCUUCAAGCGCACUAGUAUAUCCAAGGCCAUCUGAACGCCCAGCUGCAUUCUGUCCCAGCUUACAGCCCGUUACAACCUGAUCAGCAAUCCACUUUCAGCUGGGCAAGUUGCAGUGAUUCACCAAUGGCGCAGUGCAAGAAGUGCAGCCCCUACGGGGAGCUGUUCUCCGUCGAGGACAAGGUCGCGCUCGUGACCGGGGCUUCCUCCGGGAUUGGCCUCGCGUUUGCCCGCUUUCUCGCGGGCCAGGGCGCCAAAGUCGUCCUGGCUGCUCGUCGAGCUGAGAAGUUGGAGGCUGCAGUGAAGAUCCGCGUGGUAACCCAAG